AAGGAUUGCUAUAAACUUAAGAUGUUUCCAAGAAUAGUCAACAUGAAAUCUCUGCUAUAUAUUAAUAUGAUAGGCUGCAAGAGGCUUGAGAACUUCCCAGAAAUUGUGGGAAAGAUGGAAUCCUUAAGAGGAAUAGAUGUAUCUGGAACUGCCAUCAAAGAAGUGCCUUCAUCAAUUGGACAUGGUCUCUUUAAUCUUGAAGAUUUGUCAAUAUAUUCAUGCAAAAACCUUACGACUCUGCCACCCAGCAUUUAUGAGUUGUCAAAGCUACGGAGGCUUGCACUCUUAUUUUGCCCAAAACUGGUGCUACCUCCAAUUCCGAAGAAGGUGGAAUACUGUGAAGUGCCUACUCGGCCCACUCCAACGUCCAGCUCAAAGAUUUCACAUUACGGCAAGGCAACUUCAUCAGAAGGAAAAAGUGAUUAUGACGGUGAUUAUGAUGAUCAAGGCAAUUUAGCGUUAUUUCCUUCACUAAAAGUCUUCCUUGCGGGAGGAUGCUGUAGUUCCGACCGUGAUUUUAUUGUGAGGCUUGGUUGUGCCUCCACCUUAACGAGGCUUGAUAUUUCAGGAAGCAAUUAUGUUAGUCUUCCCGCUGGCCUUACCAAAUUUAUCAACUUGGAGGAGCUUUCCUUGAGAGGGUGCAAUAGGCUUCAAGAAGUUUUGGACCUUCCACCAAAGUUGAGAGUGUUAGAUGUGAGUGACUGCGUAUCAUUGGAAAGAAUUUCAAAGUUAACAAACAUUUUGAAAUAUAAAGACUCGCAAAUGUUUGAGUGGCUGAACUUGAGCAAUUGCCGGAGAUUGCGUGACAAUCUGGUUCAGAAGGCAGAGACGAAAGGUUUGUUGGUGAAUUAUGAUCAUCAGGUGGAGGCUGAUCUCUUCUCUCUUUUUCUCUCUUCUCAGAAGUCUGAAUUCGGGGUUGUAUUUCCAGCAAGUCUUGAAAUUCCAAAGUGGUUCAGUUGUCAAAUGGAUUUCAAAGGGAAUGGACAGUUUGAAUUUGAUAUUCAAGUCCUCCCUAAUUUCAAAUGGGAGAACACAGGAUUGGCUCUAUGUGUUGCUACCGAAGGGCCUUAUUUGGGAUUCCAAAUUUUUAUCAACGAAGUACUACUGCCGAUUAAUAAUUUAAAUCGUCAUAUUUGUUGUAAGUCUGCAGCUGAUUCGGCUCAUGUGUGGCUGCUUUAUAUUCCGUUCGAUAGAAUUGAUACGAGUCCGUUUGGUCAUAAGCGUCCGUUGGCACCUUUCCAAUGUCGAGUUAGCAUUUAUCAAACAAUCUAUUUGGGCACGGUUCCCUUGAAAAGCUGCGGAGUGCACCUGGUAAUGCCGCCAAAUGAAGAGUGCAUGAAACUAUCCCACGCAUGGAACUUCAGGCAUAGCUGCACAACAGAGGACGACUUUCAAUACAAACCAUGGGCCUAUGACAGCGAGUGGGCGAAUAGCCCAAGAGAAGAAGAGCCGUCUUGGUCGCAGGAGUAAGUGAAAUGAUUGGUAAAAAGAUUACUGAUGCUGAAGGACCGAGUGUUGUCAAUGAGAUCUGUAGCAUAACUGCCCUUGCUUUAAUGCAUCACCGGCCGGAAUGACCACAGGAAAGUGAAGGCACAAAUUCUAUGACUUGUUGGAUAAAGGUGAAGAAAUCAGUCUUGUUGAUCAAGUGAGAUGCUAAACUGCUAUAUCAGCCCAUCAAAAAUUCAUGGACACUUCCAAGUUUCAACAGUGUUGUUUUGAACAGAAAUUGUUGUUGUUUGCUUCAUUGUGAUUUUAACCAGGCUUCUGUACGAUUUUUUUUUUUGACAAAUAAAUGGUUUAUAAUUGUUAAUGUCUAAGAAUUCAGCGGUAGCUA